AUGUCCGGAACCAGAGUGUCAGAUUUCAGCAUCGAGCGCAUCCUCUCCCCUCAGCUAGGACUCAAGCCGACAAUAAGAGACUUUUCCCCGGAUCCCUUCCUCCAGUGGAUGACCGGGCAGGAAUCCUCUGGGGAUAUCACAUCACCACCGGUAUCGAUCCCGGUCCAAUACCUGGCUCCAGGCUGCAUUCAGUACCGAGGAGUCCACUGUGGAGACGCGUUUUACCCGCAUGAAGCCGCGUAUCAUCCCGCAGAUUUCAGCAGCUUUUAUCCAAACUCCACGGUUCAUUUCCACUUCAGCAGCCAGGACCCCGCAGCAGAUGCUCAGCAGUUCCCAGGCUACCACGGAUACCAUGGUUACCAUCAGAAUGGGGUGUCCGCGCAGUCUCAGUCGCGUCAGAAGACCCGGUUGAGGACGGUGUUCACCAACAGUCAGACCAAAAGGCUCGAGGCGCUGCACGAGCACACCGACUAUCCGGCGGUGGACGUGCGAGCUGAGGUCGCGAGGAGGACCGGGCUGAGCGAGGAGACUGUCAGGGUGUGGUUUAAGAACCGCAGAGCUCGAAGGAGGAGACGGCAGCGCAGCGGGUCAAAGGUCGAAUCCCCGUCUCUAGGGAAGGAGAACACGUUCUUCACCUCCUUCCUCUGAACCCUGUACACCUUGUGACUUCCCGAUUUUCAUUGAGCAAGCGCGAGUUGUUCCUCCAUAUUGGACCGCUACGUACAGCAACCCAAGUGGGACAUUUGACAAAGCGGUGUUUGGCAAAGAAGACAAAAAAAACAACCACAUUAAUCUUUGUCUUUAUUCGGAUCCCCAUUAGCACGAGCAUGAGCAUUGGCUAUUCUCCCUCCCUCACACACACACAACAUACAUAACAACAUUCUGAACGAGAGAGAUGAGUUAUUGUUGUAACAACGUCAUCUCCCGAUUAUUUGAGAAGAAGUUCUUUUAGUGGUUUAAGUACAUCCUUAGAAUAAGUGAGAAAUGGAUUGAACUUGUUUGACAGCCUUCACACUGGAAGGAUAAGAAACUCUAAAUGUAUGUAAUCAUUUAUGGCAUUCAUAAUUCAUAUCUAAUACUUAACUGUGAAUUGUUUUCAUUUAAAUGUUUCGUCUGGCGUAACUUUUUCUAUUGAGAUUCCUGGAAAAGGGAAAUUACUUUUCAUAAAAAAAGUUGAUUCAAGAACAAAACUCUGCUAUUAGAUCAGUACGGACGUGAAAUGUCCUGUUUGGCUUGCCGUACAUAGCUGUUCAAUAUAGCUGUUCAAUAUAGCUGUUCAAUAUAGCUGUUCAAUAUAGCUGUUCAAUAUAGCAGACCAACUCGCGCAGAUGUACAAAUCGGGUAGUCACAUACCUUCCUCCUGAGGUCAGAGAUCAAACUCCUCCUGAGGUCAAAGGUCAUCUGACUGCAGAGGUUAUGAACUGUGAUGAUGCAUUCAGGUGCAGCUGGGGAAAUCACCAGAUACACCUGAGACUGGAUUAAAGAGACGUGUGGGUUAAGAUGCAGUUUAGUCUCUCUGGAGUGACUUUUUAAAUUAUUUUGUAUUUUUAUUAUGUAAUUUAUUGGAACCUGUG